UAAUAUCAAUAGAAUUCCAUCGGAAAAAAUUCCUGAAUCUGUUUAUUUGCAAUUUUCAAUUGCUGCAUUUUAAUCUUUAAAAUAAAUUCCAGAUAUUUUGUCAAAUUACGAGGUGCAAUUAUUGAAGAAUGCCGGAGAAGGAUAGACGUAAAUCUGGGGUCCACAAACAGCGUAGAAAACAGUCAGAUGAUGUCACAGUACUGAAUGGAAAAUCAUUGCUUCGGUCAGCUAAGAAAUUAAGUCCUGCAAAAGUUGUUACUCCACCGAUUGCAAGUAGGCUAAGAAGUGCCAAUCGACGGUUGAAAGUACAAGAUAUAACAGAAGAAUUAACAACUAUUCAGCCUAAACAAAAUACACGAAAGUCCAUUGCACCUAAAAGCCGACCAAAAACAAACGGUGAUCACCUUGAAGACGUGGUAGAUUUUGACAUUCAAGAAGCACUAAAUCACAGCUCACUCAAUGGUUUUUCCCACACUAGUAGCGGAAACAAAGAUACUGAAGCUCCUAGUGUGGAACCAGUACGCAGUUCUCGUUUUUGUACAGUUAUGUAGGCCAAAUAAACUUGUAUUUGCUUUAUUUUAUUAUGUAAACAAUUUCAAUGUCUCUUACUUCUUAUUUGUAAUUUUCUACUUUCAUUUCCUAAUAAAAAUUAAUAUUUCUGUUUGCAAAAUCUCUAUGAUAUGUAAAUAAAAGAAUACUGUA